AUGCAGGACCAGAGGUUUGUCUCCAUCUCCAUGGAGACCCGAGAGGGGAAGCGCUGCAGGUCUCUUGCUGGCUGGUGGUUGGGGGCCUUCUGUGCAGGACGCUCGACCUCAAAGCCCAGAGGAAGCCAGUCCAGCUCCAGCCCCCUUGUCCCUUCCGCAGAGGCCUUCCUUGAAGAUGCAUCUCGAGUGUCAGCCGUAUCAGUGUUUGUUAAGCUUAUUCUUUUAAAGAGUUAUCAAAGAACAGCCUCUGAGCUGCGUGGAGAAAGCCAUGGAGACAGCCAGUCCACAGAGAGCAUAGGUCACCAGAGAAUCUACCUCAAAGAGGGAUUGAAAACCCGCCCGGGGAGUAUGGAUGGACAUACAGAGGCAGAAAGCAAAAUGGAGAAAGCAGUAGAUGAUCCUGUCUUUGAAGAGUGUGUUGUUAACAUCAAGCAUAAGAAGAAGGCAAUUAGGGGUGAAAUCCUGAGGGGGCCCACGUGUGCUCAGCCCUGGAAGCACGUGGGAGACCCAUUUCCUGCUCCCCUUGCCCUGGAGGACCUGCUCUCCCUCUCGCCCACAGCUCCUGGGAGGCCCAGGCGUGCCCCCGACUGUUCACCUUCCCCAGAGGAGAGCGGCAGUGUGCUUAACUCGAUGGGGAGAUCGAUUUUUGGGCGUUUGACCAGAGGUGCAGGGGAUGAGAAGCGCUUCCUACCGGUAGGGGACUUUGGGGGCAGAGCGCCCCGGUCGCCUGAUGGCCAGGGCAAGGUGCGACCAAGGACCCAGGACGGCGUCGGGAACCAGACCGUGGCCCGGAUCCCCAAGACCCUAAAGUUCGUCGUCGUCAUCGUCGCGGUCCUGCCGCCGGUCCUAGCUUACUCUGCCACCACUGCCAGGCAGGAGGAAGUUUCCCAGCAGACAGUGGACCCACAGCAACAGUGGCACAGCUUCCAAGAGAAGUGUCCAGCAGGAUCUCAUAGAUCAGAACAUACUGGAGACUGUAACCCGUGCACAGAGGGUGUGGAUUACACCAACGCUUCCAAUAAUUUGUUUUUCCUCCCAUGUACAGUUUGUAAAUCAGGUCAAACAAAUAAAAGUUCCUGCACCAUGACCAGAGACCCAGUGUGUCACUGUGAGGAAGUCACCUUCUGGAAUAGGAACUCCCCUGAGAUGUGCCGGAAGUACAGCAUAGGGUGCCCUAGUGGGGAAGUCCAGGUCAGUAAUUGUACGUUCUGGAGUGACAGCCAGUGUGCUGAAGAAUUUGGCGCCAGUGCCACUGUGGAAACCUCAGCUGCUGAAGAGACAACGACCGCCAGCCCAGGGACUCCUGCCUCUUUUGGUUACCUCUCAUGCAUCAUCGUAGGGAUUGUAGUUCUAAUUGUGCUUCUGAUUGUGUGGUUGAAGAGGCCCUGAACGUGUGGACAGAAUGACUUGGUUUCUCCAGAAACUGGAAGCCUCAUGGGCUGAAGAACUGCCUCCCACCCACAGCAGAACCCGGUGGACAUAAUCCUUUCUCCUCAUGGCUGCCCUGACUCUCUGAAGUGGCUUGGGACUCUGGGCUGACUAUGGGGGACACAUGGCCAUCUUGAGCAUCACACAGACUGGCGGGCCCUGCUGCAGCCCUGUCCUUCCUGCAGUCCUGGUGACAACCUCACUCCACUGCCUGCACCCUGAGGAUGGGAUGUCCGCCUGAGCACAGCAUCAGGGGCCUGGCUGCAGCAGUAGGUCCUGGAUGUGCUGAGACUGGGCUGCCUGGGGUGACCUCAUUGGGAGGAGGUGGGGAUGGCAGGUCCAGCUGCAUACUGGGGACCCUGCAGCAAGCCCUGGAUGUGGACUCCUGAGUCAGUUCUUUGCCUUCCUGAGGCCUUUUUCCGGCACUCACGUCCCCCACCAAGGCUUGAGGUGAGAACAAUGCCCACAAGGAGACCCUGAAUAACAGAGACUCGCAGCCCAUCCAAGUCUCUGAGCAGGAAAUUGAAGGAAUCACCACAUUUUACAGAGGAGGAGACUGCAGCUCAGAGUGGGGGAAGCGUGUGCACCAGCAGGCAAGUCUGUCCAGAGCACUAGUAGGAAUGAGGGAAACUAGGAAUGACCACUUUAAGAAGUUAGAUGAGAAGAAUUUCAAAGUUAAGUCAUUGGAGUUUGUUGGUAAUAUAUUGGUAUGGCUUAGGUCAUGUUAAGUGCAUCACACGCUCGCCCCCAUGUCUGCUGUUGGUCUCAGCACUGGGUGGAGGGAGCGGGGAACAGUCCUGGUGAAGAGGAGAGGGGAGCAGCACCGGCUGGGGUGGGGCCUCUGCCGCUACCUCCUCCUGCUGUGGUUUCUCAGGGCUUAGGUGGCCCCUCACACCUGGCUUGUCUGUGGGGAGAAGAUCUUUGUUCUCCGGCUGCUUUUAAGACUUUCUCCUUAACAGUGGUUUCGGCAAUUCGAUUGUGGUAAAAAGGAGCUGCAGAAGCCAUGGCUCUAGCAUUUAUGGCCUCCCCUUCUAUAUAAUAGCAGCCAUGUUUCGGCCUCUGCAGGGGUAAGGUCCUCCGAGCAGCUGCUUCUCCACAUCUCUGCCCUGCACUUGGCCUCUGGGAGCUCCUGGUGUUCCUUAGCAGAGUCCACAGGGCUCUUUGGGGUCCCAUCCCUGUGCUGGAGCCUGGAGCCUGUGACCUGAGGCGGUGAGCUGAGGCCACCAAUGGGCUCACCUCAUGGGCUUGGAGGAAAAGUCAUUCACCCAGGAAGUAGAUGAUGAGCCCUUUACUCUGAGAAUGUCUGCGCCUGGUGCCGGUGGGAGGACAAAUGAGCCCUGCCUGUGUCAAUCCUGCUCCCUGAAGCCCAUAGUCUGGUGCAGGAGGUGUCACCAGGGACCUAAAUAGCGAUCAGGAAGCAUGGGGGCCACCUCCCCAACCCCCCACCUCCAGAGAGGCUGUGCCGGCUCCAGGGAUGCCAUCCCUCCCUACCUGGCUCUGGCAGAGGGAGGCUGUGCGGUUGCAAGGCCCCAGCUCAUGGUAUUGUUGGCGUGGAGGAUGUGGUUUCAUUAAAAUUAACAUUGAGAGUAACGAUUGUACUAACAACAGCAUGUGCUGUGCCAAGCUCUGUUCUCAGCAUUUUUUACACAUAUGAACACACUUAAUCCUCAUACAACCAGACUGUACAGGAACCCUCAUUGUCCUUGUUUUAGACGAGCAGCAUGAGACGCAGAACAUUCGUUCAGUGGAGGGACUGGACAGGAGGAUGAGUGACCCUCGGAGACAGCAGCAGUGAUUGGGUCACUGGGUUCUGCUGACCUUUCCCAGGGGAGUAUUUGGUGCUUGUUCAUGAGGCCUGCAUUUGCCUAGCACUGGGUAACAGCUGGAGGCCCCUGAGAAGUCAUUUAAGGUCACCUCUUAUUUCAGGAAUGAGACAUAUUUAGGUAAGAAAUGGCUUACCCUGGACCAUGACGCUGGCCCAAGACUACAAGACAGAUGGCUUGCUUCUUAAUCCAGGGUUCUUUUUAUACCAAAAGAACAAAGAAAGAAAAAAGCCACCAAAGACUCAAAAGAAGCAGAUUUCCCACCACAGCACAACAAACUUGCCUCUAAAACAGCCUAACACAACACCGGUCCAGGAGGAACAAGGCAAGGAAACCCCCUGGUGAAUGACUCAUCUCAGGAAGAGGCAGGGUCAGGAGAGUCUAUGGAGGAGACCUGGAAUAAGACCUCUCUGUCCUGCUCUCUUACACACACACACACACCCUCACACCCCCAUGAGCCCAAAUCUGCGAACUGAGAACCUCACUUCUCUGACCUCACCUUCCAUCUCCCUCAAUCAGAGACACCCACAAACCUCAGAGCUGCAUCCCAGCAUCGCUUGUUUUGACUCCCCUCCUCUACUGCCUUGACUUCCUUUCUGCCUGGGAACCUCUCUGUGUGGACUUCUCCCUCUAUGUCUACCAGUGUCCUGCCACCAAUGGCAUUUGUCACCUCUGCCAGGGUAGCCCCUCAUGACUCGGGUUAUUGAUGGCUUAAUAACCCGAGUUAUUGUGAACUGGAACUGGAACUGGAACUCCCUGUGAACGGGAACUGUCCUAAGGAAAGGGAGGGUCGUGUGUUGUUCCUGAUGCUCCACGAUUCCUUGCACAGUGUGGUCACCAGGUGCUGAUGUGCCCUCCUUGGAUGAAUGAGUAAUGUGGGUUCUAGGAACCCUGCACUAACGUGGAUGUGACGUCCUCAGCCUUUCAUAGACUAUGUUUCAUGUGAGAGGUGGGAAGAACAGCUGAACAGAAGGCUGGGGACUGCCCAGGUCCAGAGGCAGCAAGAGCUUGUUAUCAGGUUUUCACUUGCUAUUUGCAGAGAUUUUUUUUUUUAAGGCGCUAUUGGUAGUGUUAAAAGGGUGAAUUCAUCAGAAGGCAUAAUAAUCAUAAAUGUGUAUAUGCCUAAUGAUAGAACUUUAAAAUGCAUGAAGCAACACUCAAAAGGAUUAAAGGGAGAUCAUAUCACCCCCUUCUUACCAAUCGAUAGAAUGAUCUGAUGAAAACAGUAAAAUAACAGAUCUGAACACUGUCAACCAUCUUGACAAAUGUUUAUGCCUAAUGUUCCAUUAUUGGAAUGCUAAACAUGUGGAAUUAUUUGUAUCCUACUGCUCAAGGUCAUCACCAAGGACCAAGGUCUAAUUGUAAAAUUUCAAAAAAUUGCAACCUCAGGCAUAAACGGGUUAAUUGACAUUUAUAGCGCAUACAUGCAACCUGUACCGCAGAUUCCUUCUUUUCUAUGAACAUGGUACUUCCACCAAGAUAGACCACAUUGUGAACUAUAAAACAAAUCUAAAAACAUUUGAAAUGAAGGAAAUUAUAUAAAAUAUAUUCUCUGAUCUCAGUGAAAUUAAUAACUAUAUCUAGAAAGAAUCCCAAUAUGUGAAUAUUAAGCAACUUACUUAUAAAUAAUUCAUAGUUCAUAGAUGAAAUCAAAAGAGAAUUCAAAAUAUUUCAAAAUAAAUGAUGAUGAUUAUAUAACAUGUGGAAAUGUGCGGGACGCCACUACACCAGUGCUUAGAGUGAAAUGCACAGCUUUCAAGGCUUCUGUUAAGAGUUGGGAAUUUGGGGAAACAAGGAGUGACUGCUAAUGGGUAUGGAGUCUUUUUGGGGUGAUGAUGAAAAUGUUCAAAAAUUGAUUUUAUUGGUGGUUAUACAUGUCUACAAAUAUAUUCAAAUGGAAGAAUUCUAUGAUUAUAUAUGUGAUAUAUAAAGUAUAUCUCAGCGAAGUUGUUAAGGAUUAAAAGAAGAAUGGUAUCAAAA